AUGUUUGGUAGAGUGAUACGAAGCGGGCCAACGCCCCAGCACGUUGGCAUCAUCAUGGAUGGCAACAGAAGAUAUGCACGUUCGCACAAGAUGGAGAUCAAAGAAGGGCACAGUUUGGGAUUUGAAACCAUGGCCAAUACCUUGGAGCUACUUUAUGAGAGUGGCGUCACGGCAGCCACAGUGUAUGCGUUUUCCAUAGAAAAUUUCAACAGGUCGUCGUUUGAAGUGAAAUGGUUAAUGGACUUGGCCAAGGCCAAAUUCACCCAGAUCAACAAGAACGGCUUUCUUUGUCAAGACUAUGGCAUCCGAAUAAAGAUCUUGGGCAAUUUGAAAUUGUUGCCGCCCGAUGUGCUCGAGAUUCUCCAUGAAACCGAGGAAAUCACCAAGCACAACACGAGAGCCGUGUUGAAUGUGUGUUUUCCCUACACUUCGAGAGACGAGAUGAAAAACGCCAUCAAGAAUGUAGUAGAGGAGGCUACAAGAAGCGGCAUCGUGAUCAAUGAAAAGACCUUGGAAAACUACUUGUACACAGCAGAUUCGCCCCCCUUGGAUCUUUUAAUUCGAACUUCGGGAACUUAUAGGUUAUCGGAUUUUUUGCUAUGGCAAUGCACAUCGCCCGACUGUGCCGUGAUGUUUGUGGAUAAACUAUGGCCCGAGUUUACUCCGUGGGACAUGUUCAAGAUUUUGAUAACCUGGGGCUUCAACAAGUACUGGUACGGCAGUUCCAGCGGCGAUGGCGUCAACCCCAUGGCCCUAGCGGCAACAACAUUGAUGAACGACGGGGCCCACGCCCAGGAAAAGAUAAAAGACGGCGAAGACGGCGAACUAAUUGCUGCUUCACAAAUUCAAACCACGGGGUUCAGCAGACUUCGAAGCGAAGAAGACGACGAGGAGAUCACAGACAUUAGCAGUCGAGACGUUGAAAGUGAAAACGAUACUAUAACUUCCGAAGAAGAAGGAGAACCUGCCAGUCAAGCUUUCACGAAAGGACAAUGA